GGAAAUGCUAAGAGAGUUAUUGUAAAGUGCUGCGACACCUCCCCCUCUGCCUUUUAGACGAGGCUCGUGUUUAUAAUAAUAAUCUUGGGGGACAGAUUCAUUUAAAGCAAUAUAAUCAUCUGGUUUUAGCCAUGUUUCUGUCAAACAGAGCAUGUCUAUUUUAUGAUCUGUUAUCAUAUCGUUAACAAAAAGUGCUUUAUUACACAGCAAAUUUACUGGAGUUAAAUUUAUGGUGUACAUUUUUUGGUGUUGCCCAGUGUUAAACCCGGAGUACAUUUUAAUCUUCAAGUGUAAAACUUCAUCUAUAAAAAGAGUUAUUUUUUAGAGUUAAACUUGAACUCUGUAAGCAGUGCGUUUCCCACAAUCCUUAACGGCUCUCUUCAGUUGGAAAACCACGAGGAGAUGAGUGCAACGUUCAAAGAAGCUGCGUGGAUUCUGAGCUCGUGAGCACCACGUGCAUCAGUAACAAUGCUGUUCACUGUAAUAUACGGCGGAAAGAAGAAACUGAUAAAAGUAGAUGGAGCAGAUUACACCAGUUUAAUGACUCAAGUCAGGAAGAAAUUUUCAAUCAGUGACAAAGACCUAACAUUACAAAACGACACUGGUGUGGAGGUGGAUGAAGAUGUAUUCACUGACUUGCUGGAGGAGAGAUCACAUGAUAUCCUAUGGAGAGUUGUUGACAAAGAUUCAGAAUGCUCAGUCCUCGAUUCUUCCUGUAGCUCACAAACUGACACUCUUUCAGUGUCGUCUGAGACUGAUGACAGUGCUGGACCAAGCUCCAAGAGACCUUGUUUUGAUGGAGUUUUUGAGGCAAAACAGUUUGUUAGAGACAUUUUAGAGGAAAAAGCAGGAGGACCUGCGGUUUUGUCUGAAUAUAAAGAACAUGGAAAACUCACAGACUCAACCCGGCGACACUUGGUUAACAUUGUUGUCGCACACAUUACUGACAAAGAAGGCCGUGUCCCUUCUAAAGAAACAAAAACUCGUUGUGCCUUGGGAAUUGUAACACUGUUCCCAUCAAUGAAGGAUCCAUACUCAAGAACUGGAUAUGAGCAUUUUUAUGACCCUAAGAGCAACCAAGGAUACAUAUCUUGGCGACUCAAAACAGUUUCGCGGCAAAGCAAACACCACGGCGGACACCACAGCAAGAAGGAUGCUAGGUCAAGUGGAACAUCAGACAGUGAGGGCAGUGGAGGACCAACAGCUCAUAGAGAAACUUGCAACCAUUUGGAACAGCAGUUGGAGGGUGACCAAUGCAAAGAAGCGAUAUCUUUCAUGAAUCAUUGUGUAGAAAAGGACCUGAUUUUUGAGAAGAUGAAAGCAACAUUCAAGCACAUACAGCUCCUUAUUCAUGAUGCAGCGAAGUCCAAUACAGUGCUUUCAGUUUUUCCGAGAUUUCUCGACACUAAAGGACUGAUACUUCAAGAUUUUGACAUCCAAUUUGGAACAGAAACAGCCUCCAGACUUCUUGAACAAUGGGACAGUCUAAAGUCCAAGAUCAUUGCAGAAGCAAGAACACUUACUUCGACCUUGCAUCUGAACAGCCUGCUUUCAGAUGCCCAGGGUAACAGACAAGACGAGGAUUCCGAUUGGCAAGUAUGGGACAGUGACAUGUCCUCUAUUUUACUCCUGGCCAACCUUUUGCCACCUUCAGCUGGUGGUAGGAACAAAUCCACCAAGAUAAGCAUCAGAGAGGCAAUGUACCACAUUGUGCAGUUUCACAAGGCUUGCCGUAGUCUAACUGAACACAUUAACAAGACUGAAGGCUUUCAACCACAUCUCCUUGCAGUUGGCUCAGCGAAGAACAUCAUCCAUGAUUUUUACAUCGUGCUGGAUGGAAAACUCCUUCCAUGUCAGGCAAAGUCUUCCCUUGCUGCCUUUGAUGAACUUUUUAAAGCAUACUUUGUCUUUAGCGUGUCAUACCCCCACUGCUUACGUGCAAUGUAUACAUUCAUCCAGACAACUAUCUACAAGAUAGAUCUUGGUACAUAUCGUGAAACCCCUAGGGUUAAGGACCUACGAGCUAAACUUUUGAACUAG